CGUAGCGCAAGCUGUAACACAGGUAGAAGAGAGAGGCGCAGACGAGUAGCACAUGGUGGUUCCCACAUGCUGUUUAUUAAAGUUUGGAAAUAUAUAUUGUAAAAGUGGAUGCACUUUACAUUUUGGUUGAUUUAGUACCCUUUGGCAAGCGGAGCGAGUUUCACGGUGCAACAACGCAACGUUUCUCGAAGGCACGGUUAAUGGCGCUCAAAGCGAGCGAAAAUAAAAAGGAUUAAGCACCCGUCGAAACUCUCUGUCUCGUUUGUCGAUGCCAAGGGGCUGCUACAGUGAAACUCGACGCUUAUCUGGACUCUGCAUCACUUCGCUGCUGCCCUGUUCGAGAGAGUUCAUCACAACGCCGCACGAGGAUCAGCACGGCGCUGCGGACGUUUGCGCAGACACAGCAGAUCGUGACGUCAUUAUAACUGCUUAAAGGGAAAGAUCGCAAGGUGGUGGCAAGGCACCGUUUAACAUUACAGAUGAGAUUGAGACUGUGAGUUAAAUCGUUUUCCCACGUGAGCUGCAUCCGUUCAUUGGAACUCUGUAAGUUGACAUGUUCAAAUGAAAAGGAGAAUAUUUUUUGGACUAUUAAAUUGAAGGAUAAAACUACAAGAGACAUUUAAAUUGAAUAAGUAAAAUCACAAGUAAAUAUUCAAGUUUACUUGAUUAUUUAAAGACUAUAAAAAAAACUUGUGUGUUAAAUUUGAAUGUUGAUUGUUGAAGAUUUAUCUUGGACAUUUAAAAGGUCAUACACAAAGAGUUACAUACAGUUAAUUUUAUUACUGUUUGUAAACACUGAAAUUUCUGAUCUAUUACUAGGGACAUAUUUAAAUGUUAAAAGUGUUUACUGUUGUGCAUUUGUGUUGAUUCUCCUUGCUAAUAUUUUUGAGUGCUUACAUUUUAGAGGUCUGAUGGAAAUGGUAUCACUUAUAGCUUAAGUUGCCCAGUUUAAAGAAGUAAGCAAAAUUAAAGAGGCCAUGGAAAACCCACCUGAAACGGAAGUUGAACAAGUUGAGGAGAUGCCACUUCCAGCUGAAGAAAUAAGCAACCCACCAGUGCAACAGAUCAGAGCAAGCUCACGUGAAAGAAGCUUAACAGAGAAAGGUCGAGAGAUGCAUGAGCUCGAAGCAAAGAAACAGGAAAAGUCCUUCCAUAAGACAUAUGAGUCCUGGAAGCAGGCUGCAAGAGAGGCUAGAUCAAAUUUGAAAACAUUCUGUACACGUGAAGACCUGGAUCAAAUACAGCAGGACAUUCAAGGCAGACAUGAUUCAGUCUAUCAGCGAUAUGAACCAAUUCUGCGUAACCACACUACCACUCCAGAUAUUGUUAAACGUAUGGAUGCCUGCGCUGCACUAACUGCAGAGAUCACUGAUCUUGUCAGUAAACGCCUGGAAACAUUUAAUGAAAGUUACAACGAAGAGCUUGUGAAGGAAAGAGUAAGGCAGGUGCUGAAUAAGGAUGAAUAUGGAUCCGUCUUUGGAUGCACAGUAACAAACACAGUCGUUUCAGAGUCAUCACUGGGAUCCGAUAACCAAUCAAAGACUUCUAAAGUCUCAAGUAAGCGUGCUGAUGCACAGGCAGAAUUCGCAGCGAAACUGGAACAAGCUAAAGCUUUUCAAGAAAUUCACAAUCAACAAGCUAAGCUUGAUAAGAUGGAGCAUGACUGGAAGCUUUGUGAAUCGCGAAUGUUAGCGGAGAUAAAGCAGAAAGAGGCUGAAAUGCAGUUAAGGCUAGUUGAGGAAAAGAAACGGCUACAACAGCUACAAGUUGACAAAGAAGUUAAAGUUGCAGCAGCUCGUGUCAAAGUGUAUAACGAUUUGGAAGGCAACCUUCAUCGCUGUGAAGAUGACGAAGGCCCUAGCAUUCACACUGGCUGCCAAAGAACAGAGCUUACAUCUCAACUGAACCCAGAAGCACAGUCGUUCCUACCUCAGCAAGCAUCAUGUGAAGGAUAUGAAGUUACAUCACCUCAGGAAACUGCAAAUCUAGCUCAAGCAAUAGCAAACUCACUAAGCACACAUCGGCUGCCAGUUCCAGAACCCACUGUCUUUGUCGGUGACCCUUUAAAAUUCAUAGAUUGGAAGAUGUCAUUCAUGGCCCUCAUUGAUCGAAAACCUCUUCCUGCUGGUGAAAAAAUGUUCUAUCUGAAGAAUUACCUUGCUGGGGAAGCUCGCAAAGCAGUGGAGGGAUAUUUCUACAGAAACUCUGAGGAUGCGUAUCAAGGUGCCUGGAAAGUGUUACAGGAAAGGUAUGGGAACUCGUUCGUAAUCCAAAGAGCAUUUCGUGACAAGCUGAUGAGAUGGCCCAAAAUUGGAGCAAAUGACCCACUGGCAUUACGAGACUUCACAGAUUUCCUACAAGGUUGUGUCGAGGCAAUUCCUCACGUAAAAGGAUUAGCCAUCCUAAAUGAUUCUGAAGAAAACCACAAGCUGUUAAAGAAACUCCCUGAAUGGAUUGUGAGAAAGUGGAACCGAAUUGUGGUGGAAGAGCUGGACACAUCAGGUGACUAUCCAAGUUUCAAAUGCUUCACAGAAUUUCUGCAAAAGGAAGCAAAAAUAGCUUGUAAUCAUAUAACCUCUGCACUAUUUGUGAAUCAAAAGAACACAGAUGAAAGGUUUCCCAAGCGUGCUAAGGCUCUCAAUACAAAGGUUCAGGUGAAGGAAUUAAGCUCAAAAAGACCAGAGACGUACAACUCUAAGCCAAAGACAUCGUGCCUUUUCUGCAAGGAUGAAAAACAUCACAUUGCUCAAUGCACUACAUUUGCUGGAAAGACUACUGAAGAAAAGAAAGCCUUCAUUCAUGAAACCCACCUCUGUUUCGGAUGUCUCAGAAAGGGACACAUGAGUAAAGACUGUAGAAGACGACAUACAUGUGGUACGUGUGGAAGAAGUCAUCCUACCUGCUUACAUGAAGAAAGGGAUAAAGCUCCUUCAAAGGACCCUAAAGGGGCAUCUACGAAUGUUCAAGCAAGUGAGGAAGUUCAUAAAGUCAUGACCCACGCACUCACUCAAUGUUCUCCUGCUACUUCCAGCAUUGUGCCAGUUUUCAUCUCUACAGUGGACGAACCCCAAAGAGAAGUAUUAACGUAUGCUCUACUUGACACCCAGAGCGACUCAAGUUUCAUCUUGGAAGAUCUUCUUGAAGGUUUGAAUGUUGUCUCACAACCUGUGCAAUUGAGGCUCAGCACCAUGACAGCUGCUGACACGAUCACUGCCAGUAAGAGAGUCUGUGGACUUAAAGUAAGAGGACUACAAUCUGUAUGUUCUAUACCACUACAGCAAGCAUACACAAGAGACUUCAUUCCAGUGGACAAGUCGUAUAUUCCCACUAAGAACACAGCGCUCCAGUGGAGUCACCUCAGACACUUAGCAAGUCAGCUGUCACCACUUUUGAACUGUGAAGUCGGACUUUUAAUUGGAUUUGACUGCCCAUCUGCUCUAGCUCCCUUGGAAGCCAUAUUAGGUGGUGAGAAUGAGCCUUUCGCUCAAAGAACUGUGCUUGGGUGGAGUAUUAUAGGCCUGUCUAAUCCACACCUUGACCGACAAGGAAAUCAGAGCUUUGUCCACCGUGUUGCAGUAAAGGAAAUACCUGUCCCAUCGCCCAAUGAUAUCUUGAAAAUUCUUGAGUCAGAUUUCAAUGAGAAAGCUUAUGAGGAUAAAUGUGUGUCACAAGAGGAUGUUCGUUUCAUACAGCACCUCAGUGCCAAUAUUCAUCAGAAGGAUAAUGGACAUUACGAGCUUCCUCUCCCAUUUAGGUGCAGUAGCCGACCCUCACUACCCAACAACAAAGGGCUAGCAACUGCUCGACUACAACACUUAAAGAAACGGCUCAAGUCCAAUAAACAAUAUUAUGAUCACUACAAGGCUUUCAUGGAUGAGAUGAUCAUCCGAGGUGAUGCCGAACAAGCUCCAGCUAUAUCAAGCGGAGAGACGGUGUGGUACAUCCCACACCAUGGGGUGUACCACCCUCAGAAACCAAACAAGCUGAGGGUAGUAUUCGAUUGUUCAGCAAAGUUUCGUGGUAUAUCUUUAAAUGACACUCUUCUGACUGGGCCUGAUCUAACCAAUUCCUUGGUGGGAGUGCUGUGCCGUUUCAGAAAGGAGCCUGUUGCAGUUACCUGUGACAUAGAGAAGAUGUUUCACCAGUUUCUCAUCCCACCUGAUGAACGCAAUUACCUGAGAUUCUUAUGGUGGGAGGGUGGAGACUUGGAGAAAGAGCCUCAAGAAUAUCGCAUGGCAGUCCACCUCUUUGGUGCCACGUCUUCACCUGGGUGUGCUAAUUUCGGCCUAAAGUACCUGGCACAGCAGCACAAGGUUAACUAUCCUUCAGCCUCAGCAUUCAUUGAGAAGAACUUUUACGUGGAUGAUGGGUUAACCAGUGUUCCCUCAACCAGUGAAGCCAAAGAACUAAUAAUGCAAGCUCAAAGAGUGUGUAAACAUGGAGGUUUACGGCUUCACAAAUUUAACUCAAAUAAGGAAGACGUUCUGAGUUGUUUAAACCCGUCAGAAAAGGCAACAACAUCAAAGCCUCUUGACUUUAAUCUUGAAGCAACACCAGCUGGACGUGUACUCGGCAUUCAAUGGUCAACAAAGGAUGACACAUUCAGUUUCAGCAUCGACCUUAAGGAUCAACCAUUGACUCGCCGUGGUAUUCUGUCUGUUAUAGCCUCACUAUAUGACCCUCUUGGGUUUGUCGCCCCAUUUAUUCUACAGGGAAAGUGUAUCCUACAAGAACUGUGUCGUAGAGGUACUGAAUGGGACAACGAACUUCCUGAUGACUUGCGUCCUCAAUGGGUGGAUUGGAAAAGUGAUCUUCUGAAACUCAAGGAAGUAGUAAUAACAAGAUGUUUUCACCUACAUACUUUCAGUGACAUAGUCAGAGACGGAGCAGACAUCUUCAGUCGCUUAAGUCGAUUCUCUUCUUGGUCUAUGCUUCUGAGGGUGGUUGCAAGAACAAACAGAUGUACCACAGUGAUCAUGUGACAGUUGAAGAACGUGAGAGAGCUGCUAAGGCGAGUCAAGUUGCAGUUAGGGGAGCGAAAACAAAAUCAACGCUCCAAGCCCACAGUCAUUGAAAGGCCCAUACAAAAAUUGGUGGUACUUAUUGAACAUGAGUAAUCAGUGACUGCUUUGUGAUACCAUUGCAUCAGACCAGGUAAUUAAGUUCUAUAAAACCUAACGUUUUAGACUUUACAUGCAUAUAAACAGUUUGAAGGCGGUCAUAUUGAUGUUCAGAAAUCAUGUUCUGAUUCAUUCACAGUUUGUUCUGUUCUUUCAUCAUCUCAUAAUUGGUGGGAGUGUAAAUGACCACAAAAUAUGUAUGUGUGUGUGUGUCACUUUAAAUGUGUUGUGUGCGCGCACGCACGCUCUUUACGUAGCGCAAGCUGUAACACAGGUAGAAGAGAGAGGCGCAGACGAGUAGCACAUGGUGGUUCCCACAUGCUGUUUAUUAAAGUUUGGAAAUAUAUAUUGUAAAAGUGGAUGCACUUUACAUUUUGGUUGAUUUAGUACCCUUUGGCAAGCGGAGCGAGGUAUGUGUCUUUAUUGUGUGUUUUGCAUGUUAUAUUUUAAAGUAAUAUAUAAUUUCGUAUGUCACGUGUUAUUUGUCGAACUCCUUUGGUUAAUAUCUCAUGUAUGUAAUGAUUUAUUUGUCUUUUGGGUAUCUGUAAAUGUGUAUUUGUUUAAAUAAUCUGUCAUUUGUACAUAAGUUUUGUAUUUAUGAGUAUAUUGUUUCUUUAUGUAGUUUCACGGUGCAACAACGCAACGUUUCUCGAAGGCACGGUUAAUGGCGCUCAAAGCGAGCGAAAAUAAAAAGGAUUAAGCACCCGUCGAAACUCUCUGUCUCGUUUGUCGAUGCCAAGGGGCUGCUAC